AUGGUCCACUGUCGACUUAUCGCUUUACGAAAAUGUAUUCAAAAUAAAAAACUUGAAGCGUUAGAACUCCAGCUUACAUAUAAAUCACUCGUUGAUUUUACUGAAACUGUCAAAAAAUCAUUCGAACCUUUGAUAAGAUCAGAUUUAUUUGCGAUGGAGAGUAUCUCAAUAGUGUCAUUAGUGAUUGUGAUUUUUGCUCCAUCAAUAGCCGCAUCGUCGUUACCUACUGAGGUGGACACAAUUAAAAUAACUCUUCAUGAUUCUGUGCUGGAAGAAAAUGGUGAGAAUAAC